AUGGCGUUACAUCAGCAACAUAUGCUUUUGUUAGGCGUCCUCGAGGAAUCGCCACAGUUGUGUAACAAGAGGACGUUCCUCGAGGGAGAAACUGCAACACAAAGGAGAGCCCAGUGGGAGAAUAUUGCUGCCCAUCUGAACGCAGUUGGGCCACUCCACAAGGAUGGGAAGGGGUGGCAGCAGUUGUGGAAGGACUGGCGCUACAGAGUCCGAAACAGAGCGAGGCUCAUAUCUGAAAAAAUGCACGCCACAGGAGGGGGCAGUGGCUUCAUUGCUCCCGGACCAGGUGCUGCACCAGUGGACAUUGUAUCCCUCCUGUCUGGAACCGAUCAGCGUGUCAUGGCACUAAUCGGCUGGGACACGGUGACCGACUUCGCAGGAGGGGUUCAAGUGUCCUCCAGAGGAGAAGCGGCAGUGCCUAUAGUUAUUGCUGCAGCUAGUGACACAGAGCCACUGCCAUCAACGUCUGCUGCCACAGAAGUGACAACACCAGCAGUGGUACAUAAGACUGCUCAAGGGGAGGCCUCAUCUGAAGCUGCUGAGGUUCAAAGCGAACCCCAGCAACAGCAACAGCAGCAGCAACAGCAACAACAGCAGCAACAGCGAACAAUAAGACCGUGA